AAUCUUAAGCAGUGGGUGUCACCAAUGGGCGUGGGCACAUUCAGUGGCACAGCAGAUACUUGAAAAGACCCCAGCGCCGUCACACAAGCACGGCGACACAAGACAAGGAGAACUCGGCGCUCACCAUGACAGCCCUGACCGCCGCACUUUGGCUGCUGACCCUCGUCUGGGGACGUGCAGGGGCAUCCGAAGAUGACAUCAUUAACGGCCGCGAGGCCAAAGGCCCGAGACCCUACAUGGCGUCCCUGCAGGUGAAUGACGCACACGUCUGCGGGGGCUUCCUCAUCCGGGAGGAUUACGUGCUGACGGCGGCUCACUGCUACAAAGGAAGCCCCCUCACUGUAGUGCUGGGCGCCCACAAUAUAAGUCGCCCCGAAGCUUCUCAGCAGAAACGCCAAGUGAUAAAGUACAUCAAACACGGCCUGAACUCUCUGGACAUCUACGGCUUUGACAUCAUGCUGCUUAAACUUAAAAACAAGGCCAUCCUGAAAGGAAACGUAGGCCUGAUUAGGCUGCCCAAAACAGCAGAGGACAUCCAUGCCAACUCCAAGUGCUCCAUUGCCGGCUGGGGUAAGAGAAAGGCCAACGGUCAACGCUCAGACGUCCUACUGGAGAGCAGCACCACCACCAUGAGCAGGGCAGAGUGCAAGAAGGCCUGGGCGAGGUCUCUCACCAUUAACAAGAACAUGAUGUGUGCCAACAUCCAAGAAGGGAGCCGCAUUUGUCAGGGGGACUCUGGAGGGCCCUUGGUGUGUAAUAAGACUGCACAAGGCAUGGCCAUAUUUACUGAACCCGUCUGCGGAGGAGGACAACUUCCUGACGUUUACCUCAACAUCCCCUCCUUCAUUCAGUGGAUACUCAACAAAACAAAGUCCGAGUAGACGUCGCUCUGCUGGCGGCCGCACUUUGUCAAACGCUUACUCUCGUGUGCUUAGCGUGGAGUCUUUUAGGUGGUCUAAGGGGACCCUCUGUCUUGGCUAAGAGAUGACAGAUCUGAAGGCAAUGGUGGCCUGAGGGCUCUUAAGGUCCGCCUUGCACUUCCAGCACCUUUAAUAGGUUUGGUGUACCAGUUCUGUUGUAGGCCUCAAGUCCUCGCCGUCCCAAUAAACAUUUUUACAGUACGAGAAACAUAUGAACAGCCACAGAAUUUUAGGUAUCAUUUGUUAACACAGAAGGACUUCUACAUUACUACCAGACUUCAGGAAUAUUGGAGUGGACAAAAUACACAUCGACAUCUCCAUUCAGUUAUCUCGUAACCCCCCAAAACUCCUGAAUGCCAGCUGUUGCCAUCAGAGCUCUCUCUGCACUCUUCAAUUCUGAGAUCUGGAAGGACGCCAUUGCUGAACUCUAAGCUCCUAUUAAAAGUGCGGAUUCUUCUUUGUGCAAAUUUGUUGGAGUGUGUGUGUGUAGGAUUACACUAGCGGUCAGUUUCUUAAUCUCGUCCCUGCUGCAAACAAAUAACCUUCAACGCAAAU